CAGUGCAAGGAGUGUCAGGGGUUUACAGUAUGAUGUUUCCAUGGGAAGUGAGGACAUCCACAGCCACUCCAGCUUCCCGUGGCUGAUGUAACCCCAUGAGGACCCUGUGAAGGACGUUUCUCUAAAGGACCUCUAACCAGACCUAGAGUGUCGGACGGGUGAGGAAUAUUCCCAUAACUGCCGGCUCCAUUUAUCCCCAAGAAGGGUCCAUCGCCACCCCGCCCUGCCCCGCAGAUGGUGCUCUGCCUGGCCAUGGACUCCAGAGAGAACGGGGACAGCUGGGUGGAAGAACAGUGGGAGAAAUGGUUAACUCAUGAUAUCAGUCUAAGUGAAUAUGAGGACGAUGACCUGUCAGAAGUGACAGAAAUCACGGAUGAGAACGGAAUCACCCUCAACCAUCUCGAGCUCGAUCCUAAAGAUCACAUGACGCAGCCAGCCAAUGGCACGCCGAGGAGCGGUCAGAGGAGGGGGGUGGUGGAUUUGCAGACGGAGAUGCUCCACUUGGACCUGAUUGAUGCAGAGGGAGGAAUCCAGGAAGAAGAGGAGGACCAGAGGCGCCUCGAUCCUGUCGAUGACAACCACAAGGAGGAACAGGGAGCAGGGCUGCCUGUCACCCAGCCUAAACUGAAGGAUUUCAUCCCUGCUGUCGCCAUGGAUACCUACCGGCCCAAGAGACCAACCACCCUGAAUCUUUUCCCCCAAGUGCCAAGGACUCAGGACACAAUAAAUAACAAUUCAUUUGGUGAGAAGGAUCGGAGAAAAGAAAAGAAAACCCAUUCCUCAUCACCGCAUAUUAAGGGGGAUCUGGUGCCCAAACCUGAGCAAGUUAGUAGCACCAAUGGGGACAAAGUGCAGGCCAGGGCUGACGCCAAACCACGCGGCCCUACCUCCUCCACGAACAAAGCCGCAGCCUUUCACAACAAGCAACAGGACAAGUUAUCCGAGUCUUUGAACAACCCCACUGUGGUGGCACCCUGCACACAGGCAGUUAUGAGGGACAAAUCUGGGGAAGUCACCCUAAUAGAGGGUGUCUUUGACAUCGGUACCAUUUGCAAGGAAAAAGCCCAUUAUCACACUGUAAAUGGUUUUCGGGAACAAGUGCAGUACCCUGUGGAGAAUGGUGGAACGUGUCACCAGUCAGUCGAGAGAAACAAGGACUAUCAUAUAUCAGAAGGAAAUGCCACGGAGGAGAUCCACCUCACACCGGUUAAUGGCGAACAGGAGCGACCUUUUCUGUCACAAAGCAGCGACAGCAAUCGCAUGUCUAUCAGUUCGGACACGGAGCUGCCUCCCCUGCACUAUUACCCAUUGGCAGGUGGUGCAAACCCUUCCAUUAGUGAAGAAGAUGAGGUAUACCCACCCACGCCCCCUUGUAGGACUGUCAGCCUCAGCGACACAGGGGACAAUAGUAAGUGGGCUGAAACCCACAAACCGAAAGCAGCGAAGGAUGACAAAGGAACCUUAAGGACGGCGGCCGUCAGCACGGAUGCCUCAGGACUUACGUAUGACUCAGUUAAGUACACCCUGGUGGUGGACGAACAUGCUAAGCUUGAGUUAGUGAGCAUCAAAGACUGCUACAAAGGUUACGAUAGUGACAGUGACAAUACCGUCUACGAGUCUGCCAUUGAUGAGGACGAGGAGGAUCAGGUAGUGGAUGAGGAGGCGGAAGAGUCGGGCGCAACAGGCAUGAGGAGAGACACUUCCUGUUUGUCUGCCGACUCAACCACUGACACCACUUCAGACAUGCCCUGCUCCCGCAAGUUCAUGAAUGUCUUUGUAAAUGGAAGGUCGCGCUUCUCUGGUGCAGAGUUUGGACUCUUCUCCUGUGUUAUUAAUGGAGAGGAAAGAGAACAAAGCCACAGAGCAGUGUUCAGGUUUAUUCCUCGGCAUGAGGAUGAGUUGGAGUUGGAGACUGACGACCCCUUGCUGGUAGAGGUGCAGGCCGAGGAUCUAUGGUGCGAGGCCUACAACAUGCGCACAGGAUCCAGAGGCAUCUUCCCUGCAUUCUACGCCAUCAAGGUGACAAAGGAUGAACACGUUAAAGAGGUCAAAGGUGAUUGGAUGGACAAAUUCUGGGUCAAAUUCCUUGGUUCUGUUCAAGUGCCAUACCACAAAGGGAAUGAUGUGCUUUGUGCCGCAAUGCAAAAGAUUGCAUCAAACAGGAGAACGACGAUGCAGUUCAGCCCCCCUUCACCCUGCAUUCUGGAAAUCAACACAAGAGGAGUGAAGAUCAUUGUUCAAGAUGACUGUCGGUCUUCAGGAAGGGGUGAGAAGUGCUUUCACUUUUUUCAGUUGAAAAACAUCUCUUUCUGUGGAUGUCAUCCGAAGAACAACAAGUAUUUUGGACUAAUUACAAAACAUCCAGCUUCCCAGAGAUUCGCCUGUCAUGUGUUCUUCUCAGAUGAUACCACCUCAAACCUGGCUGAGUCUGUAGGGAAAGCUUUUCAGCAAUUCUACAAAAACCAUAUGGAAUAUUCCUGUCCGACAGAAGAUAUCUUCCUUGAAUGACCUUUGAUAUAUUUCACUUUUUGCAUUACCACAUACUAUAUGAGGUGUCGCAUGAUGGUGGUUCUAAGCCUCUUUGUAACGAGUCAUAUUGAUAUUAUAUUGUCGAUGUCUAUUUUAGACAAAUGUUAAAAUCAAAAAACACCUUGAGUGUUUACAAAACUGAUAUUGGCAACAGCGCAACUACUUUCACCUCUUAUGACUCAAGUAUUACUGACUGGUGUAAAGCCUUACAAACUAGUUUAAUAACUAAAAAAAAAGUUUGAUGUGACUUUUAAAAGUCGUUUUUUAUUUAUUGUUACUAGUGCAAAGCUUGGUUUUGAAUUGAUGCGAAGCACAAUGUCCAAUGCAUUAAUAACGGAAAACAACACGUCAGUUAGAAAGGAGAGCCUACAGCUUGUCUGGAUCCAAAAUCAAGAUCUGUUUUUCGAAGUUUAUCUGAAACCAAAGCAAAGUGGAUAUACAGUACUAUCUGGGGCAGUUCCUUCUUGAAGUUAGAAUGGAGAUGGACCAUGAAAUUCGAUUCAUAUCAAAGUUUGUGCUCUGUCCGUUUGGUGUAAAAGGUAUUUCUGACCCUCUUGGUACCCCUUGGUCUUUUCAUGCUAAGCUUAACCCUGGUUGUUUUUAACCCUGGGUUUAACGUUUCACACAUACAAUUUUAAAAUGGGGUUAGCACUGCUUUGAGCCCAUGACAAAGGUAUACAGUUUGAAUUAUAAAACCAGGGUAAAGUAUAAACAGUGUGAAACAUGGAACAAGAUCCCCCAGGGUUAAAAAUUACCCUGGGUUAACAAUAUGUUAAAAGCCCAAAACAAUGUUGUACGUAAAAUAAGGUAAUUGCUACAGUUUAUCUAUAGUCGGAAACUCACAAAGUAUGUUUAGGCAUCACAAAACAAUAUAGCAUCCAUGCUUACUUCUGCGAGUGCAUUUUUGUUCUUGUAUUUAAUGUGUUUGAAUUCCAAAAAGUUUCUCUGUUAAACAGAGUGUUGUCUUUCAGUCUCAGUAUCCCUGAAGUAUGUAGCUGUGAAAACCAAAUAAUUUUCUUUUCUUUUUACAUAUUAUAUCAGAUAUAUUAUUUAUAAUUAUAAUAAAAUGAAAAGAAUCUUAAAUUAUUUUAUUCUGGCACCUAAAACAUACAAUGAAGAUGAAAAACUGUCAUAAUGACAGAAUGUGGUCUAUAUCAAUGGUGCUGUGGGAAAUGGCUGCAUGAUAAUGAAAAGUUUGUGCAUUCUAAUUUAUUUCUGAUACAAAAAAAGUUUCAAAGCCAAGACCUACAAUGGACUCAUCUGCACCAUUCCGUUCAAAAUGGAGAAAAGAAAUGUUGCUCAAUACUUUUUUCUUUUGCAAAACCUUUUUUCUUUUGCAAAACUUUAUUUUAUUUUGCAAUACUUUAUAUUUUUGCAAAUAUAUGUGGCAUGGAAUUGACUCCAUACCUUACAGCGUACGCUCUGAAUGUAUAGCGUUAAAAACAAAACAGCGCAAGCGCAUAAACAC